AUGCAUUGGGCGACGCUUCUCCUUGGCCUGUUUGAGGCAUGCACUGCCAUAUCGACAGUAAACCGCAAAGUGUGCCAGUACCCGACCAAGAAGCCACUGGACGGUUGCCCUAAGAACACAAUUCUUGUUGGCCCUGGUCGAAACUUCUCUACCAUCCAGUCCGCAGUGUUGAGUUUGCCAAACGACACAACACCUCACCACAUCCUGAUCCUUCCUGGAAACUAUACCGAGCAAGUAAAUGUCACUCGACCUGGACCCGUUUACCUCUUCGGUCAAACCAAAGCACCAAACGACCAAAGCCAGAACACUGUCAACGUGAUAUGGCGUAAUGCUACCGGAGCAGGCCUAUCUACAUUAGAUAACGCAUACACUUCCGUCCUCACGGUCGCGCCGACUUUCAACGCGAGUACGACCGGCUCAGGCCCGACCGGAAAUCCCGUACCUGCAGACACACCUUUCGGCAACUCUGACUUUCGUGCGUACAACAUAGACUUCAGCAAUUUAUACGCGCCAUACUCAGCCGGCCCGGCCCUGGCAGUCUCCGUGAGCUACGCAAACACCGGCUUCUACUACUGCGGAUUCUAUUCAUACCAAGACACCGUAUACGUCGGCAAACUAGGAAACGCAUACUUCUACAAGAACGAAAUCGCCGGACAAACAGACUUCUUCUACGGUUUCGGCACAGCAUGGAUCCAGUCCAGUCUCGUCUCACUCCGUAGUUGUGGCGGCGGCAUUACAGCCUGGAAGGGCACCAACACGACUUUCGUAAACAAAUACGGCGUCUACAUCCACGACUCUGACGUAAAGAAAGCCAACUCUUCCCUCUCCAUAGCCGGUAAAUGCGCGCUUGGUCGCCCCUGGAACUCUCAACAUCGCUCCAUUUUCGCCAACUGCUACCUUGAUGAUUCGAUUCAGCCGAACGGGUACAUUGAGUGGGGUAGCUCAGACAAGAGGGUGAACUUCAAUACUACGAUGGCGGAGUACAAGGACUACGGGCCAGGAUGGAACGAGACUGCACGCUUGGCGAGCAACGUUAGUAUUGUUAUGGAUAAGAAGCAGUACGAGCCGUACUCGACGCUGGAGAAGGUAUUCCAGUAUCCGUUCUCUGGAGAACUUGGAAAUACGGCGUGGAUCGAUAGGCAUCCUGAGAGGUGA